CGAGUCAGCCUUCUUGUCUUGCUCUAGCCUCCAAGGUUUGAGAUGAUCUUGCGUGUCGGGCUGUGCCCGGGCCUCACAGAGGAGAUGGUGGCCCUCCUGAAGACUCACGGCGUCAAGACAGUGGUGGAUUUUGUCUCCUCUGAUGUAGAAGAACUUGCUCAGAAGUGCUCCUUAUCUUACAAGGGUUUGGUGGCGGUCAGGCGAGUGUUGCUGGCCCAGUUCUCCUCUUUUCCAGUCAACGGGGCCGAUCUCUACGAAGAGCUCAAGAGCUCCGUGGCCAUCCUGUCUACGGGGGUCUCGAGCUUAGACAAGCUGCUAGACUCCGGCUUGUAUACUGGGGAAUUGACCGAGUUCGUGGGAGCACCUGGCAGUGGGAAAACUCAGGUUUGCCUCAACAUAGCAGCCCACAUAACACACAGUCUCCAGCAAGAUGUCCUGUAUGUUGACUCCACCGGUGGCUUCACGGCCACCCGCUUGCUACAGUUGCUUCAGGGCAGGACUGAGAAUGAGGAAGAGCAGGCAGAAGCGCUACGGCGGAUUCAGGUGGUCCAUGUGUUCGAUGCAUACAAAAUGCUAGAUGUAUUCCAGGAGUUUCGAAGCAACGUAGCCCAGCAGAUCAUGAAUGCAUCAACGCCAGCCAAGGUUCUGGUGGUUGACUCUAUUUCUGCAGUCGUUUAUCCUCUCUUGGGAAGCCGGCAGCCGGAGGGCAUGGCCCUCAUGAUGCAUUUGGCUUUAGACCUUAAAAUGCUGGCCAAAGAUUUUGGAAUGGCAGUUGUGCUGACAAACUACGUGACCAGAGACGCCAGCGAUGGCCUCCUUAAGCCGGCCUUGGGGCGCUCCUGGAGUUUUGUGCCCAGCACCCGAAUUUUGCUGGAGGGCAGCAAGGAUUCUGCUGGAAAAGCCACCACCUUCCGAAAAGCCUAUUUGAUGAAAAGCCCCCGGCAGCCUGCUGGGAUUCAGGUGGUGUUGAAUCUCGAAAUGUGGGACCAGACAGAAGACACUCUGUUCAUUUCCUGUGAGGGGCCAUAACAGAAGAUGCUGGUGGGUGUAGCUGGCUAUGCAGCAGGUUGCCAAUACUGAAGUGGAAAGACUGUCGGACUUUUGGGAAAAAGAGGGAAACUGGGACUGGUGGAUUCCAAUCUGGUGAUCCUCUCUGGAAGAGCGGCAGCUGGCCUCUUGUUCAAGUCAAAAACACAGGUUGUUGAUAAAUUAAAACAUGAGAAACA